AUGUCUUCGAGGAACACAGAAGAACAUCCGGAAGGAGAGUCCAGCUAUGGCUCGUUGAGAAUCCCAGCGGCCGCUCAGCCGAGCUCGUAUGACUUUGGCCACCCGAGUGGAGAAAAUGCGAUCGCUGAGGUCGAAAAUUGGGGUCGAGAGAGGUCUUCCUCGUUUUCUCGAUUCCGACAAGCAGGCGGCCCAAACAGUAUCGAUAAUUUCGCCCGCUCGUGGCAAAGAGCAGCUUGUUUCCCGGAAGUCAUUCCCCGGCGCUCAUCAUUCGUGUCUGCUGACACUGACGACGAAUUGGCUAUUGCAACGGGGAUUGAGUAUGGUUCCCGAAGCUCCCAAUCUUGGGGUCGGGCAUCCGACGUCGAGCGCCCUCUUCUGUCCGAUGACUCGGAUAGAGAAGAACUGGGCGAGGAAGGAAACCAUGGCACUACUAGAUCGAGGGGAGGAAUUCCCAGUGCCGGGCUACUUGCCUCCUCGUUUGAACGGAGCUUUGCGACCUCUUACGGCACGAUUUCCUCGCGGGUGAGCGAGGCCACGCGACGCCAUGCGAUCCAGUUUCAUCGAGAACAGCAGCAAGCCGUGGGGGACGGCACGGGCGAUCCUGAUCGAGAGCCUUUGCUACUCAAGCAUAUCGAGCAUGAAGAUGGGACGCAUGAGGACAUCAUCAUUGGGCAGUCAACUGUGCCCCAAACCAUCUUUAACUCGGUCAACGUUCUGAUUGGUAUCGGGCUGCUGAGUCUUCCAUUGGCCAUGAAGCAUGCCGGAUGGGUGUUGGGCUUACUAUUUCUCGUAUACUCUGCCGUGACGACCUCCUAUACGGCCAAGAUCCUGGCCAAGUGUCUGGAUGUGGACAAGACCCUUGUCACGUAUGCCGACCUUGCCUAUAUUAGCUUUGGACAUCAUGCCCGUUUGGUGACUAGUUUUCUUUUCUGCCUGGAGCUUCUAGGGGCCUGCGUGGCCUUGGUAGUCCUAUUCGCAGACAGCCUGUAUGCGUUGGUUCCCUCUCUGAGCAUCCUGCAAUGGAAGAUCGUGUGUGGAGUUGUAUUGGUCCCGUUGAAUUUCCUGCCCCUCCGGUUUCUCAGCGUGACCAGCAUUCUGGGCAUCAUCUCCUGCACUUCCAUUGUUAUUCUCAUCUGUGUUGAUGGCUUGAUCAAGCCACAUAGCCCGGGUUCAUUGCAACAGCCGGCGAAGACAUUUCUGUUCCCCGAAAAUUGGGCUACCCUCCCUCUUAGUUUUGGACUGAUUAUGUCGCCUUGGGGUGGGCAUGGCGUCUUCCCGAAUAUCUACCGAGACAUGAGGCACCCGAAGAAAUAUGGGAAAAGUCUAUGGGCAACUUAUUUGUUUACAUUCUCUCUCGAUUGCUCCAUGGCAAUUAUCGGCUGGUUCAUGUUUGGUGACAUUGUUCGUGAUGAAAUCACGGCUAACAUUCUCACCGUGAGCGAUUAUCCGCAAGCCUUGUCUGUCUGUAUUAUUAUUUUUAUAUCCAUCAUCCCGCUGACCAAGGUGCCAUUGAAUGCACGACCUCUGGUUGCUACAUUUGAAGUCCUCUGUGGCGUGAACAUGGGGCGCGUGUCGGCAGAUCCCCGGUCUGGGCGGCGCACAGAGGUAAUUCAGCAGUUCAUUCGAGUUGCGGUUCGCAUCUUCACAGUUGCUUUAAUUGUGGUCUUGUCCAUUGUAUUCCCAAGUUUUGAUCGGAUCAUGGCGUUUUUGGGCUCGUUUCUCUGCUUCACAAUUUGCAUCAUUUUCCCUCUGGCCUUCUAUCUGAAGAUCUUUGGGGACGAAAUUAGCCGACGUGAGCGCAUUCUUGAUUGGUUUUUGCUCAUUACAUCUUGCAUUUUGGCGACAAUUGGAACAGUAUGGGCAUUCCUGCCCAGGGAGAUGAUUUCAGAGAGCUAG